ACUGGAAAGAGACGAGGGCGUGUCGGCGUAGCGACGCGUUCGGUGGACGUUGAGCGCGCGGGAGGUGCAACCUGUACAGCGCGGCACCUGAAACAGCGACCGUCAUACUCAGGCUAUCGUACUACAUCUGUUACACGGGAUAAAAGUGUUUCUGCUGCGGGCAUGGCGCACGUAUUAGCGCUCGCCUUGCAGCAGCGCAGCAGGCAGUCGCAGUGUGUGCGACCCUCGCCCGUUCCGCGCGCCGCCUCCUCCUGCGUGGUGACGGGCGCGCGCUGCAGCCCUAAGACGCCGCUGAUGUUCCUGGCCGCGAUCACCGCAACCUCCGAGUUGGGCCUCAAAGUGCUUUUUCUGAGUCCGAGUCCGGUUCCGAGUCUCCCGGGCCCGGUGCAGGAGGCUCUGGCCAAGCUGAGCCCCGAAGCGCUUAAGAAAAUGCAGUUCAGGUACCCCGGGUCACUGGAGGAGCUCCUGCACGAGGUCGCCUCUUUGCACGAAUCGCCAUCCCGAGGCGCAUCCCCUCCAUCCUUGGUCAUCCUAGACAGGAUGGAGCAUUACCUUAGACCUGGGAGAGAUGGCGUGUUGCAGCAGGACAGAGCGGCUGCUGCACAUAUUUCUGCUCUGCUGCUUGACACCGCAGCCUUCUUGACACAAAAGCUGGAGGAAAGAGGAGAAGCUGCUCUUUCCUGUCAGGUUAUCGUCGCUUUUGAUCCGGAGUGGGAAGGACGGACUUCUGGAGACCUAACAACUGCCGACCCUAUUUUAACCAUCGUUGAUCGUUACUUCCCCUUGCGGUGUACCUUAUCCCAGGAUGAGCGUUGUGCCCCGCUGCAGGCUGCUGCUAAGACAGAGGAGGUGUGGCAGAUUUGCUUUUCUAGACUGGGGGUCACUACGCCCUGUUCUACAAACACCGAAGAUUCGGGUCUUGGACAGCUCUGGAGGUUGGUCGUGUGCCAGGAUGGCGCGAUGAAUUUCUCUGUUGUCAGCUCCUAGACUUCGUUGAGAGAGUUCCUUGUUUCGGGUUUAAUCAUCCGAAAUACGUGCUUAAUUUCUUUAAAUAUAUUUGUCAAAAGUUAAAUUUGUUUUAUUUCAACACCUAUGAAUAGAAACCUAAUAAAAUGAAAGGCUCUCAGAAGUUUACAUUUAACUGAUGCUUUUUUCUCCAAAGCAACUAACAAUGUUAAUCU